AUGACAGUCAUUGCCAAUGGCCUUGUACCAAUCCAGCCAUACAAGACGAACGUUUUGAACAUAGCUAUGGGUCAGCGAUACAACGUUAUUGGUAAAGUCGAUCAAGUGUCGGUCGCCAAGAACUUCAGGCUACAAUGCCUGCUCGGAAAACGCGAACCCAACCAACGUCAUGGGAAUGAUAUACUACGGUGGCUCGCCUCAACGCCUUCUACCACUGGCUACAGCUUUACCGACAGCUGUGUUGACGAGGACAUGUCGAAUUUAACCCCGAUUGUCUCGGAAACAGUGUUCAGUCCUUUCUACAACAAGUCCGAGGCAGUGUCGCUGGGUAAAAACGGAGGCAGUCUUUACCGGUGGAAGCUCAAUUCAACAUCGAUGCAUGUAAAUUGGACGGACUCAACACUUUGGGGAGUCUACCGUGGUCACCGCAGCUGGACUAAUACCAGUGGUGUUGUUGAGCUUCCCCACAACAAUGUGUGGACCUAUGUUGUCAUCGAAAUGUCGAUGUCGGUCCCGCAUCCAAUUCAUCUCCAUGGCCACGAUGUCGUGGUGCUCGCUCAAGAAAGUGGGACCGUGACACGGCCAUGCUGCCUGAAAAUUGAUACUUGGUCGUCGCAUUCAAAACAGACAACUAUUGGAUGGCAUACUGAGGAAGGAUUUGCAAUCCAGUUUGUGAAGCGGUACAAUGAGAUCAAGCCACUGAUUGACUAUGACAAUCUACAUGCUAACUGCCAAACGUGGGAUGCAUUCGAGAAUCGACUCAAUGUGGAAGAAGAUGAUUCGGGGAUCUAG